CGGCUUGUGGCUCGACAUUUUAAACGGACUGUUGAAAAACGGCGACGUGAGUCAGUUGCUUGGCGAAUUCGAAAAAAAUGGCUCAAAACGUGAAUCCCAGUUACUCACAGACUUCCAAUGUGCCAAAGAAUAACGAGGACUUCAUUGCGACGUCCAAAGACAGUCACGCCGUGUCCAAAAGACUCCAAAAAGAGCUGAUGAUUCUGAUGAUGGGUGCUGAAAAAGGAAUAUCUGCCUUUCCUGAGAGUGACAAUUUAUUUAAGUGGAUUGGAACGAUUCAAGGACCAAUUGGAACAGUCUACGAAGGUCUCACUUACAAGUUGUCUCUCGAAUUCGCCAAUAGCUACCCAUAUCAAGCGCCGGUUGUGAAGUUCGUCACAAAGUGUUUCCAUCCCAACGUUGAUACUGUUGGAAAUAUCUGCCUUGACAUCCUAAAAGACAAGUGGUCUGCGCUCUACGAUGUCCGAACCAUACUGUUAUCCAUUCAGUCUCUGUUAGGAGAGCCCAACAAUGACAGUCCUCUCAAUUUGACUGCUGCCGACAUGUGGAGUAAUCAAGAAACAUACAAAACUCACCUCCAUAAACAGUACAAAGAGGAAAACAAAUAGACAAGUGCGUAUGCGUAAAGGAAUGAGUGAUAGAACCAAAGCUAUUUAUUUAAUAACUGACGGAAUGAAAAUUAUUGCAGGAGAAUUCGCUUGUCUCAAACGUGGAACUGACUUUUUAGUGCUGUAAAUACAUCUCAAUUUUCAUUUUAAGUAUUACCUUCUGUUCUCUCUCGUGUUCAACUAAGAAUGUCCGUGUUGACGACUCAAUCAAACUGAAAAAAUAUUUAUGUAUUAGGAGACAAUAGUUAUUUUUGUACAAUUAAUUUCGUAAGUGUGUCUUUCCUCAAGAAACUCAUUAUCCCACUGUUAUUUUUCAUUUUCCAAGAUUGAUACUUCUGCAAAUGUUUUUCUAUGAAAAAUAUAAAAAUAUCAACAAAUUCUCACAAGGUGGUUUUAAU